GAAGGCUCCAUUAGUCCCUUGCUAUUCCCCUCCUCUCUCUGUCCGCCAUGGCUCAGACUGCGGCUGUUUUUCUCCUGCUUUCGGUCGCACUGUCGGCUGUGUCCGCCGGGGUGUUUUUCAACCAGAAGAAGCCCUGUUAUGUCCGCUCACCGAGGAGAAACAACUUCGGUCUGAGAUCCGGUCCUCGGCCUCAUGAAUACCUGAAUGUCUCUGAGCUGCCCAAGGCGUGGGACUGGAGGAACGUCAACGGAACCAACUUCGUCAGCACGACUCGCAACCAGCACAUCCCCCAGUACUGCGGCUCCUGCUGGGCCCAUGGCAGCACCAGCGCCAUGGCAGAUCGCAUCAACAUCAAGAGAAAAGGAGCCUGGCCUUCUGCGUACCUCUCUGUGCAGCAUGUGAUCGACUGUGCUGAUGCUGGCACUUGCCAUGGAGGGGAUCACAGCGGAGUCUGGGAGUAUGCUAACACCCACGGCAUCCCAGAUGAGACCUGCAACAACUACCAGGCUAAAGACCAGGAAUGCAACAAAUUCAACCAGUGUGGCACCUGCACCACGUUUGGAAAGUGCAACAUUGUCCAGAACUACACUAUGUGGAAGGUGGGCGACUACGGCUCUGUCAGCGGGAGAGAGAAGAUGAUGGCUGAGAUUUAUGCCAGAGGACCGAUCAGCUGUGGGAUUAUGGCCACAGACAAGCUGGAUGCGUACACCGGAGGUCUGUACUCUGAAUACCAGGAGGAGGCUUUCAUCAACCACAUCGUGUCAGUGGCAGGAUGGGGAGUAGAGGAUGGGGUCGAAUACUGGGUCGUUCGCAACUCCUGGGGGGAACCAUGGGGUGAGAAGGGCUGGCUCAGGAUUGUGACCAGCGCUUACAAAGGAGGAAGCGGCAGCAAGUACAACCUGGCGCUGGAGGAGGACUGCAUGUUUGGAGACCCCAUCGUCCCCAAGGAGUACCAUUAGACGAGCUCAUAGGUCCAUGCUGAAACGUCUUCUUCCUGAAGGGAAACCUUGAUUAUUAUAAUUUUUUAUAUAUAUAAAAACAAAAAGGGAUUUUUCUACUUUAAAAUCGAUGCCACGUACUGCGGAGAAAUCUGCAGAGUAAAAUUCUUCAACCUGG